AUGGUGAUGAAAAUAUUGCUCCCAGUGUCAUCGAUGAAGAGAUAUCAAGUCAUCAAUCAUCGAAUCGGCGGUCUUCAACUGCCUGUUCCUAUGUCAACAUCAUCGACAUCGUUAUAUCCUCCACCUUCAUCUCCGUCAACUACUACACCAUCAAUCGUCAUUAUUACGUCAUCCUCAUCUGAUUCAGAUAAUCAUCAAACUCAUCGAUUGAGUACAAUUUAUGAAGAUACAGAACCUUCUUCUUCAUUAAAAUCUGAAAAAGAAGAAACUCUUGUUGAAUCUCCAAUUAAAACUGAAAGUGUAGUAACAUCUACACCCCCACCCCCACCACCACAACAACAACCAGAGAUUACGUCAUCAACAACACUUAUCUGUCCUACAAUUGAUACUAAUCUCGCGAAUAAUUCACAUUCAACAUCUUCUCUUCUAUUUGCUGCAACUGAAGCAGCUACAAAAAGUGCAUUAGACUCACCAUGUUCCCCUGGUCUAUUAAUAUUUCCCCCACCAAGACGUUCAUCUACACCGAUAGAACAUAGUCCAGCUUAUAUAAAUCAAUCUUUAAUGAUAAAUAAUACUAAUCCUUUAGAAAUCGAUAAAUCAAUAAAUCAUCUUGUAUCAUCAUCAUCGGAUAAUUUGACUACUACUACUACUAUUACUAUUAGUGGUGAUAAUGGUACUGUCAUUAAAUCGAUAACUAAAUCAAUGCCAAGUACAGAGUUGUGUGUUGCUAAUUUCAAUCGUAAACAUUUAAAUUCAAAGUCAACAACAACAACAUCAACGAUUACAUCACCAUCUUCAUCAUCAUCAUCACCAUCAACUCGACCUAUGGCAACUAUAUUUGGACAAGUGCGUAAUCGUAACACCACCACCACAACUACCAGUGUCUUGAUGAAUAAUAAUACCUCAGAGACUGGAUCUACGCGUAAAUCAACUGGGAAGUCAAAACAUUCCACUAUGCCAUCGACAGUAUCGAAUAUUUGGAGUAAUUCCACUACUACUUCUACUAUUACCACUUCUACUACUAUGGAUACCUUGAAGGAUGCAUCUUUAAAGCCUAUUGGUCGGAUAAAUGCUUCACACUAUGAUGAUAAUAGUAUUGAUCGUAAUAACAAUAAUAAUAGUAGUAAGAAAUGUAGUGAUCCAAGUAAAAUUUAUACUUUCACAGGUGAAUCCUCGCCGACAUAUAAUCUAGCUAGCUGUUGUGGUGAUGAUGAUGAUAACGCUUCAUCAUCACCGUUAUCAUUGACAUCAUCUCCACGAAAUACCUGUCCCUUCCCUUCUUCCUCUUCUUCUACUACUACAUGUUCUGAUCUAAAGCAUACCAAUGUCAAUAGUUCAAAGAUAUCACGAUCAAGUAAACAUAAUCAUCAUAAUUCUGGAUAUCGUAAUCAUGAUUCCUUGAAAUGUUCAAUAUCAUCAUCUACACCAACUCCCCCGCCACCCUUACCACCACUAACACAACCAGCAUCCUCCUUCCCGUUAUCAUUUCCAACCUCUUACAUCAAUAAUAAAACACUCCAACAAUCCUAUUUAAAUAUGCCUACACUUCUACCGUCUGAUGAUAUGUUGUAUUUAAUGAAUAAACAAGGUUGUUGUAAUGUUGGAGACAAUGAAAUGACGACAACAACAACAAUGAUACCGACGAGUCUCAGUACUUCUACUCCGAAUAGUUUCAAUUACUUGCCAAACAGUAUUGCCAAUAACAAUGUUGGUCAGUGUAAUACAGAGGCUGCAUUGGCAGCGGCUACAUGUCUACAACAAUUACAAAUGCAAUUUAUGUGUAGUGCAAAUCCAUUAGCUAUGGCAGCAGCAUUAUCUGCACUGAGUGGUGGUGGUGGCGGUGCCGGUGCCGGCGGUGGAUUCCCAACAAAUCCCCCUUUCCUCCCACCAAAUAUGAAUUGUCCACCAGUUCGGUUUAAUUUCAAUUCUGAUAUGAAUACAAACACUCCGUGUAGUAACAGUAGUAGUACCAGUGUGGGGGGUAGUGGGAAUCCUGCAAACUUUGAUUGGUCAACAUCGACUCCUUUCUUUCCGAAUUCAAUCGAUUCAAAUUUGCCAAUGGUAUUUCCGAAUGAAUCGAAUUUCCUACCGCCUAAUCCAUCAUACUCUACAGGUGUAAAUAAUAAUAGUAAUAAUAAUAAUAAUUCAACGCUUGGACAAUUCCAUCCUAUGGAUGGAUAUGGUAUGAUGCUGAUGAUGAAUGCUUUGAAGCCUAGUGUUGUUACGUCAUUGGCAGGAGGUGCUGCUGCUGCUGCUGUCAUACCCGGAAGAUGUGACUAUUACCCUGUAGAUAAUUGUUGUGUGCAUACUGUUGGGGAUACAGUUGGAUUAGUCUCGGAAUCUUCUGAUCUCCCAAUUGAUUUAUCUGCAAAACGGUGA